AUGGGACAUUGCUUGCUUUCUAGUGAUGAGCUUGUGACCUAUGCUGAAGCUUCAUGAGAGGAAGCAUGGAGGAAGGCUAUGAGAGAUGAGAUGGAAGCUAUAGAUCAAAGUCAAACUUGGGAGUUAGUCACAACCCCAACUAGUUGCAGGCCAAUUGGGCUUAAGUGGAUCUUUGAGCUCAAGAAGAAUGCUCGAGGAGAAGUUUUGAGACACAAGGCAAGACCUGUUGUAAAGGGUUACUUAAAGAAGCAAGGCAUAGACUAUGAUGAGAUAUUUGCUCCAGUGGUUCAAUUUGAGACAAUUUGUGUGCUGAUUACAAUUUCAGCUCAAAAUAGUUGGGCAUUACAUCAUCUAGAUGUGAAAUCUGCCUUUCUAAAUGGAGAUGUGGAUGAAGAGCUACAUCUCAAGUAACUUGAGGGAUUUAUUGUGAAGGAUAAAAAGGGUUGUGUUCUGAAGCUGAAGAAAGCCCCACGUGUAUGGUAUUUCAAACUGCAUAAUUGCUUAGUCUCACUCGGUUUCAAGAGAAGCAAACAUGAGUAAGUUGUCUACUUGAAGUCUUCAAAUAGAGUUCACUUGAUCAUCGAAGUCUAUGUGGAUGAUCUUAUUGUCAUAGGUGAGAAUGAUAGUGACAUUAGUGAGUUCAAAGGUCAAAUAAAACAUUUCUUUGAGAUGAGUGACAUCGGGCACCUUUGCUCUUAUUUGGGCAUUGAAAUGGUUCAAAAAGAAGCUUGCAUUACUUUGUUUUAGAGAACUUAUGCGCUAACAAUACUGGAUUUUGCAAAGAUGGGCGAUUGUAAUCCAAUGCAAGCUCCACUUGAAGCUAGAGUCAAAUUUAGUCAAUCAAAUUCAGGGCCAUCAGUUGACUCUACCUACUUUCGAAGCCUCAUUGGAAGCUUAAGGUAUUUGACUCACACCCAUCCUGAUUUGACAUAUUUUGUGGGAUUUCUGAGUAGGUUUAUGGAGCACCCUACUUCAAAACAUCUCACGGCGAUCAAGUGAGUUUUGAGGUACCUAAAAGGUACUAUUCACUAUGAUUUAGUCUAUGAAAAAAGACAGACAGGGGCAAAAUUAAUUGGCUACAGUGAUAACAAUUUUACUAGUGUUGUGCAAGACAGGAAAAGCACCUCAGGGCAGGUCUUUUUCCUUGGUAAAAUGGUGAUUAACUGGGCUUCAUAAAAGAAAAAUUCAGUAGCCUUAUCUUCGUGUGAAGUGGAGUAUAUUGCUGCUCUUACUACUGCAUGUCAGGGCGUGUGGCUAAAUCGUCUCAUUAGCGAAUUAAGAAGAGUAGAAGAGGGGAGUAUGAAACUCCUUGUAGAUAACAAAUCUACCAUUAUCCUAAGCAAGAAUCCGGUGCAUUAUACCGGAAUGAAGCACAUUGACAUUCGUUUUCACUUUAUUCGUCAGUGUGUAGAAGACAAGAAGAUCUCAGUGGACUAUGUGAAGACAGAGGAUCAGCUGACAGAUAUCCUCACCAAGUCACUGGGAAAACUAAAAUUUGUGGAGAUGUGAGAGCGCCUGGGAUCAAGGAUGUCCAUAUGGAGGAGCUGGAGCAAGGAGGAGAUUGAAGGGCUUGAUCCAGCCCCAUCGUGCACCGCCGUGGAUUGUCGUCUCCGGCAAAUUCUCUGGCGAGACUGAUUUGGGCGUUUUCCUUCUUUCGGGUGAUUAUUUUCUGUUUGCAGGAUUGAUCGGGGGCCGUCCAUCAUCAGGAGUUAUAACGGCGAGGAUGGUGCCACCUCGGACACCAAGCCAGCUCAGUCAGGAGUUAGUUGCGUGCUCUCUCUCUCCUACGACGAUUGGCUCCCCUAUAUAAUGGGCUGUGUUCGACGUAUUGACAUGCGGAACAUUCUCUCCUACGACGAUUUCUCCUUCUUGAUUCUUCCUUUAUCCGGAAGUUCUUGGAGCGGAUCUAGCUUUGCGAAGCCAACACCCAUCUCUGGUGCAGGCUCGCCACUACAUCAUCGAACCAGAAAAUUUAAAAUCCCAGAUUCUUCCCCGAUCUGGAAUUAAUUUUUUAAAUGACGGAAGAAUAUAUAACCGUGCUCGUAAACACUAACCGCUGGCCCUGCCAAUGAUGAAGAUUUAAGAGAGCGAAAUAGUAGAAACCGGAAAAGAUAAGACGGCGAAGGAGUCGGUAAGCAACUCACCUUCCUGCGAACGGUGAGAAUACAGUCGCCGCAGGGUCCCAGAAGGACGACCUCGUCUCUCGCCGGAGCUCGCCUCCCCAUGACGUGGUGAGAAUCGUAGUCAUACGAGUCCACCCGAAACACAAGCUCCCCCAUCUCCUCCCCCUCACUUACUUUCCCCUCGCUCAGAUGGCGAUCCCCGUCUGGACUCUCGACGUGUCGCCGACGGUGGUGCUCAUAGACCGGGAAUCCAUCGCCUGGGUAGAAGAGGGACGUCUUCUGUACCGUCAGCUGCCUCUCCUCGGAGGCCAGACAGAACCUUUCUGCCACGAUCGGAACCACGGCAUCGGAUCGCCUUCUCGCCCCUCUCACUAUUUGCCCCGGCCAUCACUCUCGAGUUCAGCUCGACAAUACCAAAAGCAGAGAGAGAGAGAGAGAGAGCUCAUGUGGAUCGUAUUCGUGGAGCAAGGACGUCGACGAGGCAUACUACUAUCCUCAGGUUUCUGACGCGUGGCAAACGGCAUCUACCAGCCACGUCGGCCCGCGACAGUGACAUCGCUCGCCCAGAAGAAACCAACCAAGAAUGUACGCUUCGGUAGUGUGCGAGUCCCCUCCCCACACCCGUAACAGUCUGCGCUAGAGGGCGAGUGGUGGCGCAUGCGUUGGGUGAAUGAAGAAGCACUCUAUGGGUGAAUGAAGAAACAACAUCUGGCUUUGUCAGAUUUAGGGACAAUUUCCAUGUGAAAAUCCAUUGCUGAGACAAUGUGGUGGUUCUUCGGUAAGAUGGGGAGCAAAUUCACUUUGGUAAUGUUCUCUUUGUCCCUAAAUUAUGUGCUAAUAUUCUCAGUCUGGGCAGACUUGAUGAAGGAUGCAAGAUGAUCACGCAUGGGGGACGCUUGACCAUUUAUGACUAGGAUGGAGCACUCCUAGCAGAAGUUCAUCGCACGGAAGGGUGGCUCUAUUUACUCAAGCUCAAAAUGGAAGAAGAGUGUUUACUCACUAAAGAGGAUGAGAAUUCAAGUCGACUGUGGCACCGAAGGUUUGGCCAUUUGACUUUUCAUUCAUUAAGGGAAAUGUCGAGUAGAGCACUAGUGGAGGGACUUCCACUGAUUAGGGUACUUGAUCACAUCUGCCGAAGUUGCUUAGUAGGCAAGCAAUCUCGCACUCCAUUCCUUAAAGCAUCUGCUUACAGAGCUACUGAACCUCUUGAGUUGGUGUUAGCGAACAUCUAUGGCCCAAUUAGCCCACCCACAUUAGGGGGAAGCCAGUAUUUCCUCCUCAUUGUUGAUGACUGCUCGAGGCUAAUGUGGGUGGCUAUGCUCAAGCAUAAAUUUGAAGCAUUUAGUCAAUUUAAGAAGUUCAAAAUGCUGGCUGAAGCUGAGAAGGGGACAAAGCUCAAGUGUCUUUAGAUAGACAAAGGUAGAGAAUUUAAUUUUGAUGAAUUUAAUUCUUUUUGUACUUCUUAGGGCAUCAAAUGGCAGUUGACUGCCCCCUACUCCCAACAGCAAAAUGGAGUUGUGUAAAGAAAGAAUUGGACAAUUAUGUCCUUAGUCCGGAGCAUGUUGAAGGAAAAAGCACUACCUCAAGAAUUAUGGGGAGAGGCUGUAAGUACGGUAGUUUAUCUUCUUAAUCAGUCGUCUACUCACAAUCUGCAGAUGUUGACCCUUAAUGACAAGUGGAAUGGCAAAAAGCCCUCAAUUUAGCAUUUACAAGUGUUUGGCUUAAUUGUUCAUGUGAAAUGCACUAAAUCUCCACAAAAAAAGCUUGAAGAUUGCAGCACCCCUAUGGUGUUCAUAGGCUAUGAAGUUAGCUCAAAGGCUUACCGCUGCUUUGACCCGGUCAACGAUACAGUCCAUAUCAGCCGAGAUGUUGUUUUUGAAGAAGAUGCUCAGUGGAAUUGGGAAAAAAGAGGUGAGAAUAUUCUUGAGCUCACAUUUUUUCCUAAUUUUUUCUGCUGACCAAGGGAUGGAUGAGCCAAUUGUCCUCGAGGAUGAAGAUGAAGAGAGAGACUCUGAGACUUAAGAGUCAUUUCCGGUCGCACACUCGGAUUCUGAAGAAAUUCAACCUGCAAGAUUCAAGUCCUUAGCUAAAUUGUAUAGUGAGACCGGCCCAAUACGCUAUGAGAUGGGACAUUGCUUGCUUUCUAGUGAUGAGCUUGUGACCUAUGCUGAAGCUUCAUGAGAGGAAGCAUGGAGGAAGGCUAUGAGAGAUGAGAUGGAAGCUAUAGAUCAAAGUCAAACUUGGGAGUUAGUCACAACCCCAACUAGUUGCAGGCCAAUUGGGCUUAAGUGGAUCUUUGAGCUCAAGAAGAAUGCUCGAGGAGAAGUUUUGAGACACAAGGCAAGACCUGUUGUAAAGGGUUACUUAAAGAAGCAAGGCAUAGACUAUGAUGAGAUAUUUGCUCCAGUGGUUCAAUUUGAGACAAUUUGUGUGCUGAUUACAAUUUCAGCUCAAAAUAGUUGGGCAUUACAUCAUCUAGAUGUGAAAUCUGCCUUUCUAAAUGGAGAUGUGGAUGAAGAGCUACAUCUCAAGUAA